AAAAAGAAUAUAUAUGCAGACUAUUCUAAAUAAUGAAAGGUUUUUUUUUUUAAUGUUUCAUUGUUGCAGAGGGAACUGGUUCAUAUCUGGUGAUGAAAAUGUUCUUGAAAAAGAUGGUAUUCUCCAUUGCAAUAAAAGCAGUCCUACUGCCAGGGGUUGCAUGCCUUAUUUCUCAUACUUCUCGCAAAGCAUGUGCCGUGGGAAAACUUCCAUUUGUUAAGCAUAAGUAUUUUCUGCCAGGAGAUUUCACGAUAGCUGGGAUAAUCUCUGAGUUCUACACGAUGUCUGAUCAAGUGGGUUUCACAAGACAUCCAUCUGAAGAACUGGUUGAUGAGUUCAUUUAUUUCAUGGCAAGAUGGACCUACUUGGCUUCAAUGGAGCUCCUCUCAACACGGGGCAGAUUCAUCCCCAAUUAUAAGUGUGAUACUAAGGACUGGGCAAUAUCUGUUAUUGCAGGACCUAACUCUCACAUCUGUCCCUUCAUGGCACACGUUUUGAAUGUCUACAAGAUGCCCCAGCUGAUAUAUGGAUCUUCUCCUAUGAGAAAUGACCAGAUACAAGCUGCUUUCUUCCAUCGCUUUUUCCCAGAUGGUGACCAACAGAUUGUGGAUAUUCUCCAGUUGCUGUUGUAUUUUAGGUGGACAUGGAUUGGGCUGAUUCUCCAACGUAAUGAGAGUGGAGACAGAUUCAUUCAAAAUGCUGUUCCGUUGUUUUCUCAACAAGGUAUCUGCUUUGAGUUCAUGGCAGAGAUGGCAAAGGAAACAUUUUCUAAUGAUAUUUCAGCAGCCUUUAAAGAUUUUAGCAAAAUGUACAUUAUUAUCAUGAACAGCACUACCAAUGUCAUUAUCCUAUAUUGUGAAAACCAAGUUACCAUCAUUUUCAGAAUGUUGCCCUAUUAUACAGAAUUUGAAGAUAUACCCAUCGAGAGAAAAGAUAAAGUUUGGAUAAUGCCAGCCCAGAUGGAGUUUACAUCCGUUCCUUUUCAAAAAACUAGGGGUAUAGAUUUUUUCCAUGGUGUUAUAAGUUUUGAAGUUUCUUCCAAGGAGAUUUCUGGAUUUAAUAAAUUCCUUCAGAUGAGAAACCCAACAUCAGAAGCGGAAGACCAUUUAAUGAGAGUGUUCUGGGAAGAGGCUUUUGAAUGCUCUUUUCCUAAAGAUAAGUUAAAUGAAGAAAACUCUGGAAUGCUGUGCACUGGAGAAGAGAAGUUGGACAAACUACCUAAGUCUGUGUUUGACACAACCAUGACUGGACAGAGUUACAGCAUCUACAAUGCAGUUUAUGCUGUGGCACAUGCUUUACAAGCCAUGUUUUCCCCCAAACACAGAACAAGAGCAAAAGUUGGGAGAGAAAUGUUUUUGACUCAAAAGGCAUGGCAGUUACAUCACUAUUUGGGAACCAUGUCAUUUAAUAACACUGCAGGAGAGAAAAUUUCCUUUAAUGAAAAUGGGGAUUUAGACACUGGAUUUGACAUUAUCAACUGGGUCACAUUUCCAAACAAGACCUUUGUUAAAGUCAAAGUUGGAAAGAUCAACCCAGCAGCUUCUCCAGAUAAGCUAUUCUCCAUUUCUGCACAAGACAUCACCUGGCCUACCAUGUUUAACCAGGUUCUACCUCUUUCUGUUUGCAAUGACAAUUGCUAUUCUGGGUCCAGGAAGAUGAAAAUAGAAGGGAAGCCAUUUUGCUGUUAUGAUUGCCUUCCAUGUGCAAAAGGGAAAAUUUCAAACCAGAUGGAUGCAGUUGACUGCUUUCAAUGUUCAGAAGACCAAUAUCCAAACAAGGCUCAAAACCUUUGUAUUCUAAAAACAACCACCUUCCUGUCUUACAAUGAGCCACUGGGAAUCACCUUGGCCAGUGUUAGUCUCUUCCUUUCUUUCAUCACAGCUUUGGUGCUGAGGAUCUUCAUUAAACAGCGGGACACCCCCAUUGUCAAAGCCAACAACAGGAGCCUCACCUACAUUCUUCUCAUUGUUCUCCUGCUCUCAUUCCUUUGCAGUUUACUCUUCAUUGGGCAACCUGACCAAGCAAAAUGUUUCAUGCGACAAGCUGCUUUUGGCAUCAUAUUCUCAGUAGCCCUUUCUUGCAUAUUAGGGAAAACAAUCCUUGUUGUUCUUGCUUUCAUGGCCACCAGGCCAGCUUCCAAAAUGAGGAAAUGGGUGGGGAAUAGGCUGGCUUUUUCUAUUGUCCUAUUUUGCUCCCUGGCACAAUUUACUAUUUGUACAGUGUGGCUGACAAUUUCUCCCCCAUUCCCAGAUUCUGACAUGCACUCUAUAGCUGAAGAAAUUGUCCUACAAUGUAAUGAAGGUUCAACCACAAUGUUUUAUACAGUGCUUGGCUUUCUGGGGUUCUUGACUGCUGUCAGUUUCACUGUGGCCUUCCUAGCUAGGAAGUUACCAGAUAGCUUUAAUGAAGCCAAAUUUAUCACCUUCAGCAUGUUGGUCUUUUGUAGUGUCUGGAUAUCAUUUGUUCCAACUUAUUUGAGUACCAAGGGGAAAUACAUGGUGGCUGUGGAGAUCUUCUCCAUUUUAGCUUCAGCAGCUGGACUACUGGGCUGCAUCUUUUCCCCCAAAUGCUAUAUCAUUAUUAUGAGACCUGAUUUGAAUACAAAGGGACAGUUAAUAAAAAAAUAA